AACAGACGGAGCUGCUAAGACCUUAAACGUCGGUCCUCGGCUAUUUUUUUUUAUUAUUAUUAUUAUUUUCUCCACAGCAUGGUGUCCCAAAGACAGGCCCGGGUGUGGAGGUACGUGGAGGAAGGGAGUCUUUUAAAACUCAAAUCGUACCUACGGAAGCGCCGGGACCUGGAUGUGAACUUCACCCGGGGCAAGAAGCAGAGGAGCCCGCUGCAUCUGGCCUGCUCGCUGGGAGACGACGCUGUUCUGCGGUUGCUGCUUAAACACGGAGCCGAUGUUCUUCAGCAGGACCGGAGGGGAGACACGGCGCUUCACAUCGCAGCCAACAAGGCCUUGAAACACGGGAAAACAGUUUAUGAUGAUUUGGUUGUGCCUCUUAUAAAGUCAUGUCCUGAAGCUUUAAAUGCUCCAAACAGAGCUGGAGUCACACCGCAAGACCUGCUGAACUGGCUGAGACAUUCAGAGGCCACAGACACGAACUGUCCACCUGAGACAGACCCUGAGAAGGAGUGGCAGGAAAAGCUGUUUGGUGAAUGCGUGGAUGAAUGUUUUGAGACCUUCGGAGCAUAUGAUGCUGAUGAUUAUCUGCCAGUUGAUGACGACGAGGAAGACUUUGGGGACUGGGUUGAUCGCAUCAGAAGAGAGUACUUGAAUAAAAAACAUGCUGAAGCUCAAAGGCUGGCAAGGUCGUCGUCUAGUUGGAAGAAAGAAAGCAGUAAACAAAAGAGAAAAGAAGGAAUGGAAACACACAAAGAGCUGCUCCGAAGACUGCAGAAGGAACACGAGGAGUACCUGGCCCGAGCUGUGCGGAAAGAAGAGGAGACUCGGCAGGGAAAGAAGCGUCGGUACGAGGAGAGGUGCGCCGCCACGUUUAACAGCGCUUCUGCAUCCGGCAGCUCAAAACUGAGGUACGGCGACAUCCCCUGGCCGGCUGCCAGAGGCACAGUCCAGGAGAUGGUGGACGUGAUGCUGCACGGAGUCGACCGAAAGGAUGCGGCGGCCUUUCGCAAAGCCGUGCGGAAACAACAAACUCUGUGGCACCCAGAUAAAUUUGCUCAGCGAUGCGAAGCUCGGUUAGAUGAGAAGGACAAACAGCGGAUUCUGGAUACAGUGACAGCUCUGUCACAGGAGCUCAACAAGCUGGCUCAGAGUCUGAGGACAUAAAAAACUUCAUAUGCUCUGCUGAAAAUGAGCCUAUUAAGACUCACUCUUAAUUCUCUUAUUUUUUAAAUGCCUAGAUGUCUGUGUUUGGAGUAAUUUAUACUGAAAGCUAUUGUUCUUGGAAGGCUUGUUUAAAAAAAAAAAAGAGCAGAGAGUGCAAGUUGCAUUACGUUGCAUACAAAUUAAGUGGGAUGAGCUCCUCUGAAUGCAAACAAAAACGCACUGAGUUUGUAUGUGUUGUCAAAUAAAUGAUCUCAGUUGUGCAGGACGCAGUAUAAAUUGA